UUGCCGGCUUCUUUUCUAUAUCUUUUUGCUUUAAUUUUGUUUUCUUUCACUCUUCUUUCUGUCCCUCCCUUUUCCUUUAUCCUUUUCUUCUUAUUUUUCAUUGCCGCACCCACCACUUUAGUCUUCUUUUCUCCUGAUGUCUACCCGUUUCUUCUUAAUUUCUCUCUGCACGAUUUCUAAUUGCUGUUUGUGGAAUUUCCUGUGUCUGUAGUUGCUGUCGAUUUAUUGGUUUGGUUGUGAAUCUAUUUUGUUGGUCUCAUUUUGCAUGUAUAAUACUUGUUGAUAUUAGUCAACUCAAGAUUUGUUAUUUUUGACAUGAUUUUGCAUCCGUUAUUACUACCUAGUUUUUGGUUAGCAUCAGCAUAUUGUAGAGUUCUGCCAAAUGUUUUUUAGUUACUUCUGUGUGGCGGCAUUUAGACUAGUUUACAGUUGACAUAUCUCAGUAUAAUGUUUGGAAAGGGAUUCACUGUGUAGUUAACCCAGUAGAUUUCAAUGUUUUCCAGUUGAUUCAUCUCAUUUAUCAGCCCAUUUCGGGUCUUGAUUCUUCUAGCUGAUGAAAUGGGUUUUGGUCUAGAGUGACUCGAAACAGUUUAACCAAACAAGUCUGGGAACUUGAACCCGACGGGCCAACAGGAUCUUUUGUACUUUGAUCAUUAACAACGUAUACCCAGGUACUUUUGUUUUAAAUCUGACUAUUUGAGGUUAUACUACCUGGUCUGAGAAUCUAGGUUGUGUCAAUUCGGAUCUGAUUUAAAGCAGACAAUCUCCUGUAACGGGAGGUCAGUAGCUUGGAUAUAAAGUGGUUAUAGGCGCCAAAAGGUUAAUGUCUAUCACAUGUAAAGCAAAAAAAUUGAAACAAUAAAUGACACGAUAGUCAUCAGUUAUAUUUACAAGGGUCACAAAGGUUUACUUACGCAGCUGAAACUGAGACUAGCUGAUUUCAAUGGGAAGAAAGUAGGCUGCAGGUGGGGAGAGAAGCACACAAUAAGCAUCAACGAGAGAGAGAGAGAGAGAGAGAGAGAGAGAGAGAGAGAGAGAGAGAGAGAGAGAGAGAGAGAGGUCUGACUCAUGGUUGUAAAUGAAGAACAGAAAGUGAGUGGAAAGGAACCUGAUGGACAGCUAGGCAGUGAACCUGAAAGGCAGUCUAGCAACCCAGCACUAAAAGAAGGUGGAGGCCAUGAAGGGCAGCAGUUUGGCCAAGGUGGCGGAGCCAUAACAGGAAUGGUGGAGGAGGAGGAGGCGACAAUAUGAAAUUGGUGGCAGAAAAAAUGAGUUAUUCAGUCUUUCUUUUACACUUGACACUCAUGAGUUGACUGAUUUAGUGAUUUUUGUGCUUUUUUUGGCGUCUCAAUACUGUUUCUGUUGACCAAACUCAGCUGAUUUGCCGAAGACUCAGGACUUAGGCGAGUCACCUGAUGAUGCUUGGGUCUGAUGGACUCUUCUGCAUCUGCGCUGGCAUUUAAAGGAUCAGUAGCUGAGGCAAUUGCUGAAGCAAAAGCAAAGAAUGAGAUCCUCCUUGUCUAUGUCUCAGGUACAAAUGAAGAUUCAGUGCUCCUAGAGAAGUCCACAUGGGUGGAUCCAAAUGUGGCAGAGGCAGUACUGAAACAUUGUGUCUUCCUGCAUCUUAUUCAAGGAAGUCUUGACUCAAUUAAUUUUUCUGCUUGCUAUCCCAUCAAAGCUAUACCAUCUAUAUCGGCUGUUGGAUAUAAUGGGGUGUUACUUUGGCAGAGUGAAGGCUAUACCAAUCCUGAAAAGCUAUUAGCUGGAAUUCAGAAGGCAUGGAGCGACCUGCAUUCUCAGGGUUGGUUGCAGGAAGCAGCCGCAGCAGUAUUGACUGCAGCAUUGGUAUCAAAUAAGUCAGAAGAACCUAGUUCUAGUACUUCUAACGCUUCUGAAUUGCUAAAAGCAAGUUCUGAAAUAGCUGACAUGCCUUCAUUGUUAAACAAUGGAUUAACUGAAGGAGAACAAUCCACAAAAUGGUCUGGGACAGCAUCCUCAAAAGAGGAAUGCAGAUAUGAAGCUGAGGGAAAUGACAAAUCCAAGGGAGUGCCUUCCUCAGGAAUGGCACGUGAUGCCCAGGAAGACUGUUUUGCUGAUGAUAAAAGGGUCUUGGCUGAAGAAAAUGACAUUUCAUCUAGUCCUGUCAGAGACAUGAGAUACACAGGCUGUGAAGUUCAGUCCAUAAGUGCCAGACCCAGAUCCCAGCCACAGGUGAAUAUCAAUUCCAAUGUGCAGUUCGUUAAUAAAGCAGAAGACCCGAUAUCCAAGAUGAAUCUCUCGAAUUCUGGGUUCUCAUAUUCAGAGACAAUUGUUGAUCCUACUGAAAAUAAGCCAAAUAGCUUGACUAUUCAAGAUUUUGGAGCAGAUAAAGAGAACAGAGCCUCUAGAAUGUCAAGUGAUGUUCAUCUGAACAUCCGAUUGUCAGAUGGUGCAAGCAUUCGAGGAAUGUUUUCAAUCAACGAUACACUUGAAAUGGUGAAGAAGUAUGUUGACCAAAACCGCACAGAUGGUAGUGGUCCAUAUUCCCUUGGAAUUCCUUAUCCUCGAAAACUGUUCAAUGAACAAGAUAUGAGUAAAGGACUAUCAGAAUUAGGUUUUGUUGGUAGAGAAGCACUUAUCGUUGUCCCACAUAACAAAUCCAGCGUGGCUCAACAAAGAGAAACAGCUUCUGAGUCUCUCACUGCAAGCCCUUCUGCAUCAGUUGGGAGUAAUGACGGGCGGUUUGGAAUUGUCUGGAAAAUACUUUCGUACUUUAAUCCUUUCUCCUAUUUCAAUGGUGCUCCUAGUUCAGAUGAGGAACCUCCAAAUUCUGGUACUGGCAUGUGGCAAUAUGGCCCUGAUCCUGCUGCUUGGAGUACCACAUCAACUGCUCGACCAUUUCCGAAUUACCCUUCUAAUGCUGGUGCAUCUUCGUCGAGUGGAGCGUCAGGCAGUAAAGGGAAGAAGACACCACCAAGCUGGGGCAGUAACGUCCACACCCUGAGACAGGAAGACGAUGACACUGCAUUCCGAGACAGGAAUGCGUUUUGGAAUGGGAACUCUACUCAGUAUGGUGGUGACGACAACAAAUGAUGCUGUUGGUAAUUCUGGGGAGUUAAUUUCCUCGGUUAUCUGGAGCUACUUGUACAUUCUUGAUUAUAAUCUACUAGAUCUUUUUUGUAACUUUACUGGGUAUAGGGGGUUUUCUUUAUUUGUUAUAAAUGUGUCACAAUACUUUUGCUAUGGUUUGCAGGGAUGAUUACAAUCGUUCUUUUUCUGUCUGGCUGGUUGAUUAUAAUGGUCCUUGGGACCUAUAAGAAAGGAAAGAAAAGAAUAAGAAGGGGACCGAUAAACUGUGAUAAGGAUUGUGUGAGUUGCACGCGGGGACACGAAAUAAUAUCUUGUGCAAUGAAAAAUUCUCUAGUAAUUCAUUUUUGAUUUCUAUCAA